AUGGCACAUGUACAACAAGAGGUCGAGUUCGACAGGGACCACCAAUCAAACGGCACAGACUCGGAGCGUCACGCGAUACAAGAGCAGGACAUAGUUGAAGAGAUCGAACAGGUUUCACUGCCACCCACGGGCAGAGGCAAAGAAUCAUUGCUGGUAUUAUCUGGCUGCUCGUUGAUCCAGAUUCCUGUCCCAGUCUGGGGCUAUCAUAUUGCAUUUGUUGUUUGUCAAAAGUACUAUGGAAGUCACUUGGGCAUCGUGCACCUGAUCUUACCAUUCGCUUUCACGAUUUUGACUCGAUGGCCUCAUCUGCGCCGCUGGUUUGGACCACUUGGUCUGGUCCCGACUGCAGUUGGCUUUUCGAUGACCCCCUUUGCAACAUCUGUGUGGCAAUUGAUCGCAGCUCAAGACGUCAUGUGCGCCCUGGGCUGUAUACUAUUGUUUACUCCUACUACUCUAUAUCUUGAUGAUUGGUUCGUCAAAAGGAAAGGGCUGGCCUGCAGUUCAGCCACGGUCCGCCGCAUCAGUCUCAACUUCAUCCACCUCCCUGCGUUCUGGAUGCAGCAGAUCGGCAAUACCAUCCGGUCACUUGGAUACUUCCUCUCUCAUACCUACCUGUCUACCUCCGAUGUCCAGCAGUUUCAUGUCUCCACAAUGAUGGCCAUCACCUUACUUGUACUGAUUGACUUAACUUCGAUGCCGGGCGGCACAUUUAUAGGCGAACUCGGCGAUUGCUUGUACCUCACCUUUACGAGCUUCUCCAGCCAGACAUCACUGUUAGCUAUCCUCAGUAUCACGUAUGGCUUCUUUACAGGAGGCUUUAGUUCGACAUGGGCUGGUGUCUUGCAGGAGCUCAGGGCGCAGAGCCUUGCACUAGACAUGGGGUUCAUAUUUGACCUUUUAGUUGGAGGGAGAGCUAUUGGAAACGUCAUCAGUGGACCGUUGAGUGUUGUGCUGGUGACUAACAAUGGAUGGGCGAAGAACUCAAAGGCAUGGGAAUACUGUGGUCAGUUUGGGGGCGUCGUCUUGUUUACGGGCGUCACGGCGUUGCUUGGUUGUUGGAGUGCGCUGGAAAGCGUACAAUGGGCCUGCAGCAAUUGA